GCAAGCACCCAGCGUGGAAUUCUAACUCUGGAUGGCUAUCUGGCAAUGGAAUUGGAAAGGAAAACCCUCCUCCUUUUUCUUACAACAUGUAUAGCUGUGGGUGCUGCACAAGUACAGGAAGAAGGCAUAGAUGUCCUUCAUCAUUUAGGCCUAAGUGGGCAAGCUAUACAUCAUCCAUCAACAGGGACUACAAUGCCCUUGUCGAGUACUUCAUUACCUCAAGGGGUUCACCUAAGUGCCUCAGGAGUUGUUUUGACCACAGAAGCAGCCAUUGAGGUUCCCAUCCCUCAAGUGAUAGCAUCAGACGUAGGCCCUCGGUUCACUUUACUGAUUAGCUUACGGUCUUACAGAGUAAACAAUGCCUUUCUUUUCAGUAUUAGGAAUAAAAGUAGACUGCAGUUUGGUGUACAGUUGCUACCAAGGAAGAUAAUGGUGCACACUGGAGGGAAGCAGUCUGUAUAUUUUGAUUACAGUGUUCAUGAUGAACAGUGGCACUCAUUUGCUAUUGAUGUUACAGAAAAAGCAGUGUCCCUGUAUACUCAGUGUGGAAGGAAGCACUUUAGCAGGGAGAUUCUUUCUAAAGUACAGCAGUUUGAUUCCCAUAGUGUAUUUACCUUGGGAAGGAUGAACUCCCAUUCAGUCAACUUUGAAGGAGUAAUAUGUCAGCUGGAUGUCAUACCUUCUGCACAAGCCUUGGCAAACUAUUGUAAAUAUGUGAAACAACAGUGUCGCCAAGCUGACACAUAUCGAUCUCAUCCGACAUCUCCAAACAUAUCUCUUGGGGUGCUCCCAAUCAAACAGCUGGAUGAAGAAACCCAACCAGAUUACAUCCCACUAAAUAAAAGAAAAGAUGCCUCAAACUUUCAUGUCAACAGUUCUGAAUCAGUCCAUGUGCCCCCCGAAUCCCUAGAGACAUCUCCCUUGACACCUCUUGGCUUAGGAAAUAUUACUGCAUCGGAAAUUAUGCCUAAGCCAGAUUCCAAGAGAAUGCUGAAUGGCUCCAAAAUUCAUCAGCAAGAUGGCAGCAAAAGGAAAUAUGCCCUCCAUUCUCUCACAAAAUUGCCUCUAAAUCUCACAGACAAUGCCACAGAAGAUACAAGCAUGAAAAUCUACCCUGAUUUGCUGUUUUCCAUAAAGCAGACUAAAACCAAAAAUGUAAUGAAAAACACAUCAAAGCAGAAUUCACACGCACCUGUGGAGAUGCAGCAAAUUUUAAAUACAACCUUAUACAGUGCUUCUGAUUCAGUGUCUUUAAAUAACCAGCUUGGUUCAUGGGAUGAACAUACACUUCAGGUUGAUGAGACUUACAAUGCAGAAAGCAGUUAUGACCUUGAUAUUGAUGAUUAUAAUUAUGACUAUGAAGAACUGGAGAGAAUGUUUGAAAUGGAGAAUCUGAGAGGGCCUAAAGGGGACCCUGGACAGCCGGGGCCCCCAGGUUCUCCAGGAUUACCUGGUCUAGCAGGGAAGAGAGGCCCAAGAGGUAUUCCAGGCCCACAUGGGAAUCCGGGACUGCCGGGACUGCCUGGUCUAAAGGGCCCCAAAGGUGAUCCAGGAUUCUCUCCAGGAAAAGUGAAGCGGGGAGAAAAGGGAGAUGCAGGACUAAUGGGCUUACCUGGCUUUGUGGGAAUCAAAGGUGAAAAGGGUCCCAUGGGAUAUCCAGGACCACCAGGGCCACGUGGGGAGCAAGGAAUUCUAGGAAUGGCUGGCAACCCUGGGGCUCUUGGUUACCCUGGCAGGCAGGGUUUAGCAGGACCAGAAGGUAACCCAGGCCCUAAAGGUGUAAGAGGUUUCAUUGGACCCCCAGGAGUAGCAGGGCUGCCUGGACCCGAGGGAGAAAGAGGUAUUCCAGGUUUACCUGGAAGAAGAGGUCUUAAGGGGAGACAGGGUUUGCCAGGAGAUUUUGGAAACCGAGGCCCGCCUGGUCCUGAUGGAAGUCCUGGAAUUGUUGGUGGUGUUGGCCCUCCUGGAUUUCCUGGACUUAGAGGUGUUGUAGGACCAGUUGGACUAUCUGGACCACCUGGAAUUCCAGGACCUCUGGGUCUUCCAGGGAGUAUGGGGCAACCUGGAUUGAAAGGUGAUAAGGGUGAACAAGGCAUUGCAGGAGAACAAGGGGAACUGGGGUACCCAGGAGACAAGGGUGCUGCCGGUCUGCCAGGGCCACCAGGAAUUAGAGGAAAACCAGGUCUGCUGGGUAAAAUGGGAGAUCCAGGACCCCAGGGACCAUCAGGUCCUCCCGGACCAGAGGGUUUUCCAGGUGAUAUUGGUAUUCCUGGCCUGAAUGGCCCUGAAGGCUCGAAGGGAUUUCUAGGUGACAGGGGGCCUCCAGGACCACUGGGCCCCAAAGGAGUUGAGGGAGAAGAAGGACCUGUUGGACCUAUUGGUGGAGCUGGACCAAGAGGAAAACCUGGUCGGAAAGGGUAUGCAGGUGAACCAGGACCAGAAGGCCUAAAGGGAGAAACGGGAGAUCAAGGAAUUCUUGGGAAAAGUGGUGAAACAGGCCCCACUGGUUUACCUGGUGAAACUGGACCAUCUGGAGGCUCUGGCGAGAAGGGAGAGAGGGGUAGUCCAGGCCCAAUGGGCCCUCCAGGCGAAAAAGGUGUCGUGGGUUACCCGGGACCUCCAGGUGGCCCUGGGGGUAUAGGUCCACAAGGAUUGCCUGGUCCUUCAGGAGCAAGAGGACCUCCAGGUCCACAGGGCUCUAAAGGUCAAAGAGGACCAAGAGGUCAGGACGGCCCUCCAGGAGAGCAAGGGACACAAGGUAUUAAGGGAGAGAGCGGUGACACAGGGAAAAAAGGCAUCCCUGGACUCAUUGGCAAAGCUGGUAACCCCGGAGAAAGAGGUGAUCCAGGAGCAGCAGGUUUGCCUGGUCCUCCUGGAAACACGGGAGACAGAGGUCCUACGGGUGAGCCAGGACCGAGGGGACAACAAGGUGAUGCUGGUCCUGUAGGAGAAACGGGCUUUGAGGGACCACCUGGCCCAGAGGGAGAGCCAGGACCACAAGGAGAGCCAGGCACAAAGGGAGAUGCUGGACCUGCUGGCAACACUGGAGAACCAGGAGAACAAGGUUUAAGAGGUGCUCCAGGACCACCAGGGGAAGAUGGUGUCCAAGGGAAAGAUGGAUCAAAGGGGAGUGCAGGAGACAAAGGGCUUCCUGGAGAAGAUGGUGAAAAAGGAGAGACUGGAAUUCCAGGAGUUACAGGCUUUUCUGGUGAACCUGGCAUAAGGGGCAUUCCAGGACCUGAAGGAGCUCCAGGAAGUCCAGGUCAAAGGGGCCGUCCAGGAAAAAAGGGGGAAAAGGGACAACAUGGCCCCCCAGGAGAGAUUGGAGCCACCGGUGACCCUGGCCAGGCUGGAGAAAUUGGUCCAAAGGGUUCAAGAGGAACUAAAGGCCCAUUAGGACAUUUAGGACCAAUGGGAUCUGUAGGAGAACCAGGAAUUCCAGGUUAUGGGGGUCAUCAAGGUCAACUCGGAGCGCCUGGUCCUCCAGGACCCAAAGGGGAGAAGGGUUACCCUGGGGAAGACAACACAGUACUGGGACCACCUGGGACCAUAGGUGAACCAGGUCCUAUUGGUGAACAUGGAGAGAGAGGAGAACCUGGUGAUGUAGGUUACAAGGGUCACUCAGGUCUUCCAGGACGUAGAGGUGCUAUUGGACAACAAGGACCGCCAGGUGAGCCAGGUGAACGUGGUGAACCAGGACCGAAAGGAGAGAGGGGCUCUCAAGGUCCCACUGGAAAAAAAGGAAUGAGUGGUCAAGCUGGAAAACCUGGACUUUCUGGUAAACCUGGUACUUUAGGCCAUAAAGGUGUACCUGGCUAUCCUGGGCCAGAGGGCAUUUCUGGGAAUUCUGGAAAGCCUGGGUUACCUGGGCAAGAAGGCCUUCCUGGUGCUAGAGGAAGCCCGGGAAUAGCUGGACUGGCAGGAUAUCCUGGAACUCAGGGGAAAAGGGGGUUACCAGGUAUGCCAGGAAACACUGGACCACCAGGACUAAAGGGCGAACAAGGGCUUCGGGGUCAUCCAGGGAAGCAGGGCAAAAGAGGCCUUCCUGGGACACAAGGUGAUCAAGGUCCACCUGGGGAUCCUGGCCUAAAAGGGCAUGCUGGAGAAUUUGGAGAUCAAGGUUUGAUGGGAUUUCAGGGAUUCCCAGGUCCUAAGGGCCCUGAAGGUGAACUUGGUUUAAUAGGAAUUCUGGGACCUAAAGGCCCAAUAGGCCAAAUAGGAAACACAGGACCUAUUGGUAAUGAAGGCAUCAUAGGCCCAGCAGGCAAACCUGGACCUAGGGGUGAAAAGGGAUCCAGAGGUGAAAUCGGCCCUCAGGGACCACGAGGUCAUCCAGGUCUACCUGGACCACCAGGGGCACCCGGACCAAGAAGGCAAGUUGACAUCAAUGCUGCUAUUCAAGCCUUGAUUGAAUCAAAUGCUGCAUUACGGAUGGAGAGUUACCAGAAUACAGAAGUAACAUUACUGGAUCACAGUGCUGAGAUAUUCAAAACACUACAUUAUCUUAGCAAUUUAUUGCAUAGUAUCAAGAACCCUCUGGGAACUCGAGAUAACCCAGCACGUAUCUGCAGGGAUUUGCUUAACUGUGAACGCAAAGUGUCUGAUGGAAAAUACUGGAUUGAUCCAAAUAUUGGAUGUCCUUCUGAUGCCAUUGAGGUUUUCUGUAAUUUCACUGCUGGUGGCCAGACGUGUUUAUCACCUGUAUCCGUGGCAAAGUUGGAGUUUGGCAUUGGAAAAGUACAGAUGAAUUUUCUUCAUUUACUGAGUUCAGAAGCAAUCCAUUCUAUCACAGUUCACUGCCUAAACACCCCAGUAUGGGGAACCAAUGAACUACGUGCUCAGAGACCCUCUGUCAGUUUCAAAGGAUGGAAUGGUGAAAUGUUUGAAGCAAACACACUGCUUGAACCAAAAGUGCUUCUGGAUGAAUGCAUGAUUCAAGAUGGCAGCUGGCAUAAAACCCAAUUCCUUUUUCAUACUCAAGACACCAAUCAGCUUCCAGUUGUUCAGGUGCAUAAAUUUGCUCAUCUCAAACAAGGACAACAGCGUUACAUAGAAAGUGGAUCAGUGUGUUUUCUCUAGGCUUCUGACAGAGUUGUGUUUCUCACAUCACUAUUGAGUUGCUGCAAGGAAUGAUUGCAAAAGAAGAAUUAAAAAGAAAAAUGUUGAUGAUUUCUUAAAGAAUCUCAGGAAGAAAAAGACUUCCUCCUAAAAAGGAGAAAUGGUUUUGUUUUUUUUUGUUUUUUUAAAAGAGACCUUGACAAUAUUAAUAAAGUAUUUAAUUUUUGAUUGGUGCUUUUUAUAUUAUUCUUUGGAAUUGAAAAAAAUAUACACAUAUAUGGAAAAUCUGAAAAACCAGUGUUCUUAACUGCACUGUCCAGAAUGGUGGAGAAGUGCAGUACUAAGGAGCAACCCCGGCUAAUGCUCCCAAAUGUGCAAUAGCUUGUAUUAUACUUCUAUGACAGUGAGUUAUGCCACCAUAAAAUAAAUAUUUUCCUUAAACACUUAAGUUGUAUUACAGUCCUUUAUGGACACAGACAUCUUACCGAUGAUACACUACCUCUUAUGUGUUUCUUAUUUGUGUUGCCUGGUGCUCUCCGUAUAACCCAAGGUGUGUGUGGUCUUAGUCAAGAUUAUUUGUUUCCUUUUUCAUUACUUUUUUUUGGGGGUGGGGGUUGUAUGUGCUGGUAACAUCAAGAGAAUUUUUCAUUAUAAAAUUGUGUCUUUAAAAAAUGGUCACAUCAUUAUGAGUGAAAACAUUAUUUAUGUGAAAAUAUUGCUUAAAAUGUUUGUCUGUAGACAUGGAAGUGGUACAUGAGACAGAACAUUGUAUCUGGUGCUUAUAGGAAUAACAGGAUGUUGUAGUUGUAGAAGGGCUACCUACAGUAGUCUUUUAAAAGUUUUUGGACUUCAGUUAAAGGUUUCAACUAUCCAAGGCCAUCUACAAUGAUGUAUUGUGUACAUAUUUUUGUAACUGUUAAAAAUGUUAAAACAGCAUAUAUUUAAAUGGCUGCUAUUAAAUUAUAAUAAUCUUAAUUA